AUGCCUCAAAUCACGCCAGCGCCAGCGGGGAAGCGUCGAGGAAGCGCUCGAUUCGUUGAUGGUGACAAUCUGUUUUCAGGAAUCCCGAGCAGGAGGGGGAUGGAGGAGGUCAUCACUCAACCCCUCCCUCCUCUUCCGGAACACCGCAGCGCCAGUGACCCGUGCACGUCCCCAGAGUACUGGCACCUCGGGGUCGCCCGAAGCUAUCACAAGGAUGAGAGGUAUUGGGCAGCUGCGAUGGGACUGACGGGCCUGAGCAGAGCGCAUUGA